AUGUCGCCGGUGGGGCUCCCGCCGGGCUUCCGGUUCCACCCGACGGACGAGGAGCUGGUGAACUACUACCUGAAGCGAAAGAUCCACGGGCUGAAGAUCGAGCUGGACAUCAUCCCCGAGGUCGACCUCUACAAGUGCGAGCCAUGGGAGCUCGCAGACAAGUCGUUCCUGCCUAGCCGUGACCCGGAGUGGUACUUCUUCGGACCGCGGGACCGCAAGUACCCCAACGGGUUCCGCACCAACCGCGCGACGCGGGCGGGGUACUGGAAGUCCACGGGCAAGGACCGCCGCGUGCUGCACCACGCCGGCCGCCCCAUCGGCAUGAAGAAGACGCUCGUCUACUACCGCGGCCGCGCGCCGCAGGGGGUCCGCACCGACUGGGUCAUGCACGAGUACCGACUCGACGACAAGGACGCCGAGGACACGCUGCCCAUCCAGGACACCUAUGCACUAUGCCGGGUCUUCAAGAAGAACGCCAUCUGCACCGAGGUGGACGGCCUGCAAGCGCAGUGCAGCAUGGCGCUGCUGGAGGGCGCCUGCCAGCAGCUGCUCACCAGCGGCAGCCAGAGCCAGGAGUACCAGACCCCGUCGCCGGACGUGCCCGUCGGGUCCACAUCCGGCGGAGCUGACGAUGAUGCGGACAAGGAUGAGUCCUGGAUGCAGUUCAUUUCCGACGACGCGUGGUGCUCCAGCACGGCGGACGGUGCCGAGGAGAGCACCUCCUGUGUGGCCCUGGCCAGCUGA